AAGUAACAGAAUCAGCAGGGCAGCAUAACAGGACAAUGAGGAAACUGCUAUUGAACUUUUUUCGAGGUUUCAUCCUCACUAAACCUCUAUGUAUUACACAGGGAGUUACGAGCGGGCUGCUAAUAAGCCGACGGUGCAGCUGGUAGUUUUGCUGGAGGGGCGCAGUGUAGCGCUAAUUCUUCCUCUCUACCCUGGGGCGCAGUGUAGCAAAUAUCCUCUGAACUAACUCUCCUUUUCUGGCUGCAGCACCAGGCCGCCUCUCUAUUGAGUGCGAUAGAUUCCAGCACCAGAGUGCGGGACAGAUUGCGUUUCCGUUUCCGGCGGCGCUCUGCACCUUUCACUGCCUGUGCUUUGUGGUGGCUGCGCCGGAGCGGCGCUCCCCCCUUGUUCACUGCGCUCUCGUUUUGCAGCUUUUACCGCCAUGAGCUUCGGGCAGACCGCGGUCAUCCAGGUUACGAACCUUUCUGCAAUUGUUACCAGCGAGCAAAUGCGGACUCUCUUCUCCUUCCUGGGGGAUAUUGAAGAAGUGAGGCUCUACCCGCCUGACAACGCUCCCCUUGCUUUUUCCUCCAAAGUUUGUUAUGUUAAGUAUCGUGACCCCUCGAGUGUCGGAGUGGCCCAGCAUCUAACUAACACGGUUUUUAUUGACAGAGCUCUGAUAGUUGUGCCCUGUGCAGAAGGUAAAAUACCGGAAGAAGCAAAGGCGCUCUCUCUUCUGGCUCCUGCUCCGCCAUUGUCAAGUUUGCUUCCUGGGGCCGGCUUACUGCCUAUUCCUGCACCAACUCCAACCCCUCCAAUUGCAUCUUCCCUUGCUUCGGUCCUAAGAAGAGAGAAGGUUGAAGUGCCACUGCUGAGCAUUCCGCUUACCUCCUUGGGAGUAAAUUUAGCCACGCCGUUGGAACCUGUUAUACCAACUUUAGCCCCUGUUCUACCAGCUCUGACCCCAGCCAUACCGGCAGUUUCUGAGCUUCCACAGCCCCCUCUUAUGGGCAAUGUGGACCCCACAAAAGUUGACGAAAUUAGGAGGACCAUAUACGUUGGAAACCUAAAUUCCCAGACCACAACAGCAGAUCAGCUGCUGGAGUUCUUUAAGCAAGUCGGCGAUGUUCGAUUUGUACGGAUGGCUGGAGAUGAGACACAGCCCACGCGGUUCGCUUUCGUCGAGUUUUCCGAUCAAAAUUCCGUGACCCGAGCGCUUACCUUCAAUGGCGUUAUGUUUGGCGAUCGGCCACUUAAAAUAAAUCACUCAAACAAUGCAAUUGUAAAGCCGCCUGAGAUGACUCCUCAAGCUGCAGCGAAAGAACUGGAGGAAGUGAUGAAGCGAGUAAGGGAAGCGCAGUCCUUCAUUUCAGCGGCUAUUGAACCAGACACAGAAAAACCAGAUGAGAAAAGCAUAAAGGAGCACUCCAAAACUCGUUCCCGAUCUCGCUCCAAGUCGCGUUCCAGAAGGAAAAGGUCACAUUCAAAGCACAGAAGCCACUCACGUAACCGAUCACCUUCCAGGCACAAAGAACGACGCAGGUCGAAAAGCCCGCAUAAGAAGCGCUCUAGGUCUAAAGACCGUCGCAGGUCGAGAAGCCGCUCACGCUCCAGGGACAAAAAGAAAGAGAAAGAAUACAAGAGUAAAGUCCGGGAAAAAGAGAGGCUGAAAGACAAGUAUGAUAAAAGAAGGAAAGAGAAAAGGUCCAGAAAUCCUUCCAAGAGCAGCUCUUCUGUUAAAAGGUCUCAAAGUACCAGCAGAGAGAGGCGCAAAAGGAGGAGCAGGAGUCUUUCAAAAUCGCCAAGAAGUUCCAAAACAGUAAAAAAGUCUUCUAGAUCUCCAUCUCCUAGGAGCAAAUCAAAGAAAGAGAAAAAAAGAGGGAAAGAACUUGACCACAGCAGUAACAGACAUGAGAGGAAUCACUCAGUAUCCCAGAAACGUAAAGACCAAGAGAUGAAGGAAGCAGCUGAUCAGUAUGACACUAAGCUAACUGAAACGGAUCACAUUAAAGAUGAACGGAAUAACAUGAAGGAAGCUCUCCGCGAUAAAGGGAAUUCACAGCACAAUGGGGACUGUCAAGUUACAGAAGAAAGCCCCCCACAGACAGAGGAAAUGGCAAGCUCAUCGUCCUAGUGGCAACCUGGAGCUAAAAACUAUGGUUCUGUUUUAAUGUUGACGUCCCGCUGGCACUCUUAUGUGACCGUAUGUGACGCCCAGAAUGUAAGCUCCUCCGGCGCAUCCUUUUCUCUAGUAUUGUAUGUUUGCCACAGUGUUGGCUUGUGUCUGGAGCUGCUUAACAAGUGGACUGAUGAAACUGUUCAUUCUAUCACAGAAUCCGAAGGCAUUUUCCAUGACAUCAGCAGACGUUACAGAACACUUCUUUAUCGGCACCAGACAUCAUUCUUUUCCAUUGGUGUUUCUUUUGUGACUUUGAAACAGUUGCAGGAAUUACUGGUAAAGAGACUGGUCCUUUUUAUUUAAUUUUAUGUAUGUUUGGGCACUCUCCCUACUACUUUGAGCUUUAAUAUGUUUAGGAAUGAUCGGCAGUUGGACACAAAAUAUUGCAUCAAAAAGAUCUUAUUUUUUUUAACCAAGUAAAUGAAGUAGCAAUAAACAAUGCAGCUAACUUGUUCCGUUAAAUCCAUAUAAUACGGGAAUCCUGCAAGGCAAUGACCACGCUGAAUGUGACGCAGAGGCUGACACUUCUUUGUAAAAACAAGAGUCUGUCAGGUUCUGAAAGACUGUCAGGGACAUGUUGCAGCUCCCAGCAGCUAUAGAAGUCCAUGGGUUAGACAUACGUGGUCUUGUCCAAUUAAAAUAUUCAAGUGCCCGUUCAAGGAAUAAUCAUCGUUACUGAGCACCUUCUGCAAGUGUUUUACACAUUAUUCUUUCAAGGACUUGAAAAUAUUCUGCCGAUAUCCGUCAUUAAAACCUAAUGUAAA